AUGAGGCAGCAGCUCGCGGACCGCGAGCGUGCGUGGCAGCUGCGGGAGCAGCAGCUGGCAUCGGAGGCCACCGAGCUGCGCGCGCAGCUGGCGGCCGCGGAGGCGCGCGCGGCCGACCUGGGGGCGCAGCUGUCCGCGGCGGAGGGCGCUGCGGCGGCGCUGCGUGAUGCGGAGGAGCGGUCCGCGGCGCUGGAGCAGCAGGUGGCGUCGCUGCGUGGGGCGCUGCGGGAGAUGGCAGAGGAGAAGGACGCCGCGUUCACACGCCUUGGUGAGGCGCGGGAGCGCGCGUCGGAGCUGGAGGAGGCGCUCCACGAGAGCGGCGCCGCGCUGCACGCCGCGGUGCAGAGGGCCGAGGACGCGGAGUGCGCGGCGGCUGUAGCGGCUCAGGCGGAGGCGGGCGAGAGCCUCGAGGUUCGGGAGCAGCUGCUGGCGGCGCAGGCGCGGGCCCAGGUGCUGGAAGGCGCAAACGCAGACCUGUCACGUGCCCUGGAGGAGGCGCAGGCGACGGCGGCGGCAGCGGAACACCGGCGGGCAGACGAGGAUGAGGAGGGCGGCCGUGAGGCAGAGGCGCUGCGGCAGAGGGCUGGGGAGCUGGAGGCGCGGGUGGCGUCCCUGCAGGCGGAGCGAGCGGACGCCGCGGAGGGGCGCGCAGUGGCUGAGGCGGCCCUGGAAGAGGCACAGGAGGAGGUGCGGCGGCUGCAGGCGCAGCUGGAGGAGGCCGCCGGCGCGAGCGCUUCUGUGGAGGUGGAUUCGAGGCUUGAGGCCGCAGAGGCGGCGUCGGUCGAGGCGUCAGCUCGUGCUGUGGCGGCAGAGGAGGCUGCGGCGGCCGCUGCGGCGGCAACAGACGCGACGGCUUUGGAGCUGGCUGCGGCGCGGGUGCGUGUUGAGCAGCUGCAGCGUGCCUAUCAGCAGCAGGGGGAAGAGCUGCGGCAGCUGCAGGAGGAUUAUGAGCAGCUCCAGGAACGGUUGGACGAACAGCAGCAGCAGCAGGAGCAGCAGGAGCAGCAGGAGCAGCAGGAGCACGAGCAGCAGGAGCAACAGGAGCAGCAGGAGGCGAGCGGCAGCCAUGAGGAGGAGGGCGCCCUGAGGGAGCGGGUGAGUGAGCUGGAGCAGGAGGCGGGCGCACUGCGUGCCGAGCUGGGUGCCGCUGCCGACCGGCAUCAGCAAGCGGCGGCGCAGCUGCGAUCGCAGCUGGAAGCCGCACAGUUGGCGGCCUUGGCGGCUGCGGAGGCUGCGGCAGCGGGCAGCGUUGCGGGCGGCGGCGACGCCGCUCUGGAGGAGAGGGCUGCCGCGGCCGAGGCGCAUGCCGCCGAGGCGGUCGCGCGGGCGGUCAUUGCGGAGGUCGUGGCUGACGUGGCGCAGGCCGCCGCCGACCAGGCGGAGGCGGCGGCUGCUGCACUGGCUGGGGCGCAGGAUCGCGCUGAGCAGCUGCAGCGUGCCUAUCAGCAGCAGGCCCAGGAGCUGCGGCAGCUGCAGGAGGAUUACGAGCAGCUUAAGGAGCGGCUGGACGAACUGCAGCAGCAGCAGCACCAGCAGCAGCAGCAGCAGCAGCAGCAGCAGCAGCAGCAGCAGCAGCAGCAGCAGCAGCAGCAGCAGCAGCAGCAGCAGCAGCACCAGCAGCGUGAGCAGCAGCAUACUAGCAGCAGUAGCGACGGCGACGAUGAGCACGCUGAUCAGCAGCAGACAUCCGCGGCCUCGACAGAGGCAGAGGCCCUGCGGUUGCGGGUGGGUGAGCUGGAGAAGCUGGUAGCUGUGCUGAGUGAGGCCGCAGAUUGGCAUGCCGCAUCAGCGAACUCCUCGUCCCCUGACGCCUACGGCAGGGUCGCGGCCGCCGAGGCGCGUGCCGCGGCAGCAGAGGCGACGGCCAGCGCCGCGAGCGCCGCCGCGGCCGAGGCCGAGUGCGAGGCGCAGCGCGAGGCCGAGGCGGCGCGCGCGGCGGCGGCCGAGGCGGAGGCGCGGGUGUCGGAGCUGGGCGCCGCGCGGGCGCGCAUCGACGCCCUGCAGCGCUGCGCUGAGCAGCGUGGGGAGGAGCUGCGGCUGCUGCAGGAAGCUUACGAGCAGCUCCAGGAGGCGCGGGGCGGCGGCGGUGGUGGAGGCGGCGCCGACGGAGAUGCGGGGCCAGAGGAGGAGCUGGGGCAGCUGCGGGAAGCUUGCGGGCAGCUGCAGGAGCGGGCGGAGGAGCUGGAGGCGCAGCUGGUGGACGCUCUGGAGCGGCUAGAGGCAGAGGGGCAACGCGCGGAGGCGGCUGAGGCGGCCGCGGCUAGGGCAGCGGCGGAGGCAGAGGCGGCCGCGGCAGUGGCUGCGGCGGAGGCCGGCGCGCGCGCGCCGCCGGUGCCGGCGGCGGGCGAGCCAGAGCAGGAGGCGGCCGGCGGCGCGGGAGAGGGGGCUGCGGGAGCGCAGGCGCAGGGGGAGGAGGUGAGGGCGCUCACCGAGCAGCUGGCCGCGGCGCGGCGGGAGGCGGAGGCGGCGCAGGUGGAGCUGGCGGAGGCGAAGCGGCGGUUUGUGGCGAUAGCGCGCAAGAAGCAGGCGGAGUAUGAGGCCAAGCUCAAGGCCGCGGAGCAGCAGGGCGGCGGCAGCAGCGGCAGCGGCAGCGGCGGCAGGGGCGCGGGGGCGGCCGAGGCCGGCGGCGGGGAUGGCUCGCGGGUGGAGGCGUUGCAGAAGCAGGCGGCGGCGCUGAAGAGCCAGUUGGCGGACGCGGCGGCAGACAAGGUGGAGGCGGCCAUGCGUCUGUCUGCGCUGCAGCGGGAGCUCGACGCCAGUCGUGCGGUGGCGGAGGAGUACCAGGCUCUCAUGGCGCAGCGCGACGCGGCGGCCGCGGCGGAGCGGGGGCGCGCAGAGCAGGAGGCCGCGCGGGAGAAGGCCGCCCAGAAGGAGCUGGCUCUGGCGCUGCAGAGCCAGCUGGCAGCGGCGGAGGACACUGUGGCGUCGCUCUCCGCGCAGCUUGCGGCGGCCGAGGCCCGCGCCGCCGAAUCGGUCGCCACCGCCAGCACCGCACGCGAGAGCGUCAGCGCGGACCUGGCAGCGGCGCGCGCCGAGGCCGAGGCCGCGCGGCGCGAGGCAGAUGCGGCGCGGCGGGAGCUCGAGGCUGAGAAGGGCAGGCUGCUCAAGGCCCUGGAGGAGGCCAAGCGCCGCCUGGCGCGCGCGCAGAAGGCGGCCCACGCGGCUGAGGUGGCGGCGGCCGAGCUGCGGGGCAAGGGCGACGCCGAGCGCGAGGCGGCGCGCGCGGAGGUGUCCGCGAUGCAGCAGCGGCUGGAGGCGGCCAACGCGGCGGCGGCACGGUCUGACGCGGAGCUGCGGGAUUAUAAGGCCAGGGCUGGCGCCCUGGUGCGUGCGAAAGACGCUGAGCUGUCUGCCGCACGCCGCGAGGCCGGCGCCGCGGCCUUGGGACCGGCGGCGUCGGCGGCUGCUGAGCUGGAGGCGGCGCGGCAGCUGCUGUCGGAGCUGCGGGCGUCCCACGAGCAGCAGUUGGCGCGCCUGCAGGACGCGGCCGCCUCGGAGCUGGCAGCAGCGCUGGCGACCCGCGACUCCGAGGCGGAGAAGCUGCGCGGCAGCUGCUCGUACUACCAGGGUCUGCUGUCCACGGCGCAGGCCGAGGCGGACGGCCUGCGGUCGCGGGCGGAUGAGCUUGAGCGUCAGCUGGCGGAGGCGCGUGCGGCGGCAGAGGCGGUGUCCACGCCCCGGCUCGGGACGCCCCGCCAGUCGCAGCUCCACGCCCAGCAGGGCCACAACCCCUUUGCGCAGCACGGCGGGCCCGCGGCCGCGCCGGACGCGGGCGCGGCGCAGCUGGAGGAGCGCGCGGGGGCGCUGCAGGCGCGCUGCGCGGCGCUGGAGGAGCAGGUGGGGCGGCUGCGUGAGGAGCUGGCGUCGGUGCGGGCCACCAGCGAGGCUAUGCUGGAGGCAAAAGACUCUGACCUGCUGGCGGCGCUGAGGAAGAACGCUGCGCUCUCGGAGGAGCUUUCCGCCGCACGCCAGGCCGCCGCGUCGCAGCAGCGGCAGCAGCAGCAGCAGCAGCAGGAGCAGCGGGCCGCUGCGACGGCGGCGGCGGUGGCGGCCGCGCGGCAGGACGGCUGGGGGACGGGGGACGGCGGCGAGGACGCGGGGGAUGUGUGGGUGGACGCGGCGAGCGCGGGCUUUGUGCGGCGGGGCAGCGUGGGGGGCAGCAGCGCGGGCUUCGGGGGCAACGGGCUGCUGUCACCGCGCGGCCGGCCGCAGAGCCUGGGCCUGCCGGGCAGCCUGCAGCUCCUCGGGAGCGCGGCCCCCUCAGAGCCCGAUAUCCUCGAGAGCAUCUUCGCCGGCGGCGCCCCUCCGCCGCCGCCGGGCCCCGGCGGCGUCGUCGGCGGCGCGCCCUCAGAGCUCACCGCGCCGGCCAGCAGCAGCGGCCUGACGGCGCUGGCCGGCGGGGCCGCGGCUGACGACGGCUCCGGGUAUGGCGGGGGCUCAAGCGCCUUUGCCGCCGCCGGCGGCGGCGGCGGCGGUGACCACUCGCUGCUGGUGGCGGCGGUGGCGCGGCAGGCGGCUCGCGCGGGGGCGCUUGAGGCGGCGGAGCGGCGGGUGCGGCAGCUUGAGAGGGAGGUGCGCCUCCACGAGGCGCAGGAGGCGGCGCUGAAGGACGCCCUGCGCGAGAGCGAGCGCGCCACUGCGCGGUCCUCCCGGGCCUCAAACCCCGUCGACAUGGAGUACAUGAAGAACACUCUCAUCAAGGUCGUAGUGGACUCCCUGGAGUUUCCUGCAGACGAUGACGGGCCUGGGGAGGUGGGCUUCCAUGCCAGCAAGAAAUCAAACACCCUGAAAAAGUACUACAAGAAGCUGUUCAAGAAGCCCAAGGACAAGGAAAAGCAUCAUAAUGGCGAUGGGGACAACAUAUGCAGCCCCGGCCGUGGCGCAGGGACGAGCCCGCCUCCGCUGACACCCGGGCAGCAGGCGCAGCGCGCGGCACCGCCGCAGCGCGCAGGGCUAUGGGAGCAGCAGCAGCAGCAGCAGGUGGAGCACCAGCAGGACCAGCAGCAGCUUGCGGCUGUUGUGACAGCUGGAGCCAGCGACGGCGGCCACGAGGCCGGCGAGGAGGGUGAUGAGGUCACUAGUGCCGCGCUGCCCUCCUACGCCGCCCCCGGCCCCUCGGGCUCUGGCGCCGCCUCCUCCGGCCCCUUCAGCGCCCCCGGCGCCCGCUACGUACCCGGCCGCGCCGAGGGCACGGGCGGCGGGCGCCACGAGUACGGCGGAGACGACGGUGCGAGCAGCGUGAGCGGCAUGGACAGCCGCAUGAGCACCUACAGCAGCGGUACUGCCGGCAUGUCUGGGACGAUCAAGGGGUUCCUUGGGCCGCGCAAGAAGAGGAACAAGCAGUAUGAGCUGGACGCACUCAGGAUGGAGAUGGAGAUGCUGCAGGAGCGCUGCAGCGCCGCGGAGAACAACCUCAGCAGCGCCAGCCACGACGUCAACGCGCUGCGCGCUGACAGGGACGCGCUGCAGCAGCAGCUGCGUGAGCGCACCGCAGACCUGACAGAGGCGCGCGCUGCGGCGGCCAAGGCGGAGGAGGAGGUGGCGCGGCUCAAGACGCUGCACUCGCAGGUCAAGGGUGCGCUGCAGGGGGCGUACAGCCAGAACCAGGACCUCAGCAAACAGAUCGCCGACCUGGAGUCCCUGUGCUCAGCGCAGCAGGCCAGCCUGGAGGAGGGCGAGGAGCGCUUCAGGGGGCUGUCUGACGCCCACGACGCGCUCAGGCACGCGGGGCUGCAGGCCAAGGCGCAGCUCGUCACUGCGCAGGCGCAGGUGAGUGAGCUGCGUGCGGCGCGCGAGGAGCUGGGGGAGCGCGUGGCGGCGCUGGAGCGCCAGGCGGCCGGGCUCAGGGCGGAGCUGGAGGCGCGCGCGCAGAG